AUUGUUAUCCACCAGCCACUUGGGGCUCUGCUUGUGACAACAUUGAAGGAGGAGAAGAAUGGAGGGAAGCUCGAUAUUAAGCUGUUCACAUUGUUCUUCUUCUUCAAAUCAUUAUUCUUCAAGAACCCAUCUCAACUUCACUCUCCACCUUUCACAUCCUUCAUAUAAUCUUAGGAAAUGCGAAACAGCGAGUUUGAGCUUCAUAUCCAAUUUGCGGGCCAACAAGAAGAGGCAAAUGUUGAUGGCAGUCUCGUCUCCUUCAACUCGAACUUCUCUUCGUACCUCUGCGUUCGUGAUUGAGAAGGAAGCUGAGAAUUCCACAAAGGGGAAAGAAAUGAUGCCAAAGAUUGAUAAGAGUGGGAGGUUUUGCAGUCCCAGAGCCGCGCGGGAGCUCGCUCUGUUGACUAUAUACGCAGCAUGCUUGGAAGGGUCUGACCCAAUUCGACUUUUUGAGAAGCGAAUGAAUGCAAGAAGAGAGCCUGGUUAUGAAUUUGACAAGACAUCAUUGUUGAAAUACAAUCAUAUGAGCUUUGGAGGACCUCCUGUCACAACCGAGACUGUUGAAGAAGCAGAUGAGCUUCUACGUAGUGAUGAAAAAGAAUCUGCAGUUGAAGCAGAAGUCCUUUCAGCUCCUCCAAAGUUGGUGUAUAGCAGAUUACUUUUGCGUUUCACAAGGAAACUUCUAGCAGCAGUUGUGGACAAGUGGGACAACCAUGUGCUUACCAUAGACAAAGUUGCCCCACCUAAUUGGAAGAAUGAACCAGCUGGCAGAAUUUUGGAAUUCUGUAUCCUGCACUUGGCAAUGUCUGAGAUUGCUGUUCUUGGAACGCGGCACCAGAUUGUCAUUAAUGAGGCAAUUGAUCUUGCUAAACGGUUCUGUGACGGGGCAGCAUCACGCGUAAUCAAUGGAUGUCUUAGAACUUUUGUGAAGGACCUGUCAGGAAGCAAUAUGACUCAGGCUUCAGAGGCUAAUCAGAAGGCAGAAGUAUAAAGUGAAGAAAGAAAAUCAUUGUGGCGUUUGUCUGCUCUGAUUGUUGGAAUCCCCUAAAGAAAAAAAAAAAUCCCUCUGUUUUGAGUUUCUGGCUGAUUUUGGAAGAAGAUCACAAGAGUUGCUUUCAUCUCCCUUAUCCACUGAAGGAUUGAGUAUCAUUUGCCAGAUUGCAUCAUUUUCAGGAGUCCAGACCAGAUGGAGUUCUGGUGAGAAUUAGUAAAUGGCAAUGGAGCAGACCGUUGUAUGAUGUAUAUGUUGUCAUAUGGACCUGAGUAUAAUCUUUCACCAUUGGAACUGAAAUGUGGACAAAUACAAACAUUUCUUUAGUUUUUAUGAGAAAUGAUUCUUGAGAUCUAAUUCUAUUAAUGAAUUACUUAACUCCUUAA